CCUGCAACACGUCCGUGCGCGAGUGAGCCAUCCGAGUCCUGCCCGCGGAUAAAACCCCUUCGCUCCAGGCGAGACCUUCCCCGAUUCCGCGGCUCGUCUCUGGAUAUGCUGUGUGGGCAAAAAUGCUGAGUCGCAAGGUUUCGGGUUGUGGGACGAUGAUGAACGCAGACCGGGGCAGGGUCGGAGAGAGGCUUCAGGCGGCUCUGGCCGGGCUGCAGGAGUUGCAUCUGCUCCGAGAGAAACAAAGCGACAUGGUGAGUUGGGCGCUGCGAAUGGACCGGACCGAGCCGAUGUCCGCCGUCCGGACCAGCGCGGAUCACAAGCCGGUGAUGGAGACCGAGGAGGAGCGCCUGGAGGCGACGCUGACAGCACUGAAACAGCAAUUGUCUCGUCUACGGCGGCAAGAUGUUGGACUUAAGACCCACUUGCAGCAGCUUGACCAACAGAUCAGUGAGCUGAAGUUGGAUGUGAGCAAAGCCUCCGCAGAGCAGCUGGAGAGUGAUAGCAGACCAAGCUCAGGUUUCUAUGAGCUCAGCGAUGGUGGCUCUUGCUCCCUGUCCAACUCCUGCACCUCUGUGUACAGUGAGUGCCUGUCUUCCUCCUCCCAAACCAGCCUUCUCAUCUCUCCCACAAGCCUCGCAACAUCCAGUACCAUUAGCCCCCCGGCGCCAGCUGACGUGUGCCGCCGGCGCUCUACUGAUGAGAGUGCCACCCAGCCCAACCUCCCACGAGCUACGGGCCUGCAUCUGGGCAGUAGCAGGAUUCGAGCAGGUGCCGCAGGCACUGAGCGAGCACGGCCAAGACCUGUGUCAACAGGUGAUUUAGAUAGGAUGAUGACUCCAGGACUCAGCUGCUACAAGUCAGUGGAUGGGAAGAAAUCCUCAAUGUGCACCAACUUCAGGAAUUACACAGUGGAAUCCAAGUUCCAGAGCAGCCUGAUAUCCCGCAGCGGGACGGAGGUGUAUAAUUACCCUAGCCCCCUGCAUGCUGUGGCUCUCCAGAGCCCCAUCUUUAUCCAUGGUGAGGAACCAGCCAGUCCUGGACUUCCUGAGGGCCAAGAACUCCCAGCAGAAACUGUCCCAAUCACCGACAUCCUCCAGAGGGGACAAGUGAUGAGUGACCCCAUGUCUCUGUAUUACAUUGACAAGAUUCUGCAGCGUAGCAUCAACAAGAUCAACAUGCAGAGUGAGGCAGGGAGAGAGACUCUGGAUCUACACAGUGACUUUUACAGAGUGCCUGGUGAAGUUGGAGCAGUGAGUCCUGAUGUGCCUCAGGUACCAUUAUCUUCUCUGCAGUCAACACAUACCCAGACUUCUGACAUUAUCCCCCCAGAUGGUGACAGGAAGAGACAGUGCAUCAUUUACUCGAGCCAGGAGCAAGUGAAUCACACAAACCAAAGCCUGUCAAUAAAAGCUCCAGAAGCUUCUUACCGCUACUCUUAUCCUGCUGCCACAAGAGACUGCGUCCCUAGUGAAGUUAUCGUCUCUGCUAUGGAAAACCUUGACAAGGACCAAGAAGAUCACAGCACUGUUGUGAGAACGCAUUUAAAGAAAAGACCCACCAAUGUCCCAGUGUCAAGAGUGUCUGAGAGGAAGGCCCUCGGGCAAAGGCCAGUUAUGGGCCACAGCUCAGGCACAGAAGAGAGUCAAGGCUUUGAUGUCCAAGCAGGCCACACAGCUCCUCCGGAUUUUGUCCAUGCCAAAUUUGUCCCCGCUGGGUCUCAGCGAGUCAAGGUGAGACAGGCUGACCGCAAGACCAAGGCUGUGAAGCUGAGAAGAAGAAGCUGUGAGAGGCCUCGGGCGCUGAGGCACCAGCAGGGUUACUCCUCCAGUGAAAGAAACAGAGUGGCCAAUAGUGGAGCAAAUGGAGAGAGAGAAUUAAAAAGAUUGGGAAAGGGAAAGAUGACCCAGAAACUGACCACCUGUCUGGGAGAAGUCAGCUCAGACUCCAGCCUGUGUGGCCCAGGACUGGUGUGCACCCAUAAGGUCCACCCGAAGCCAUAUCCCAUCCCUGCUAUCACCAAGUCCAGCAGAAACCGAAAGGCCCCAUGUGUGGAGUAUGAUCAGUCCACAGAACAGAGGAGUAGGAGGCAGGGGGCUGGAAAGUGGCCAGCCGAUGUGGAGAUGUUCCAAACUGCAUGUGUUCAGCAUCAAAGGUCCAGAGAGCCCUUUAUACAGGCUGCUGGGAGGAGGCAGGUGGUCCGCAGUGUGAAUGGCAGGCCAUAUUCAGGCCAGCGGUUGGGACCCCCUCAAGCCCUCCAGCCCACCAUGUUGUCUUCUUCUUUCUUGCACAGCCUAAAUGCCAGGUAUCCCCCUGCUCCCUUUCCCAUGUCUAGCCACUACCCAUCCAGAUGCGAGUCUGAAUACUCAGCCGAAUGUGCCUCCCUGUUUCACUCCACCAUCGCCGAGAGCAGUGAGGGUGAGCUGAGUGAUAACACCACCAACCGCUUCGGGGACAGCGAGUCCAACCAUAGCUUCCAGUCCUUCUCCAACUCUGACAGUAGUCUGUCCUUAGACGAGGGAGAGCAGGUGGACAGUUAUGAGGGUGAGGGGGGUCCGGAGUGGGCUGACGCUGCACAGGGGCCCACCGCUACUGGACGCCCCCUUCAGCAACUCCCUCACCCUGAACCGCCAGCCUGCCGCAUCAAAGCCUCUCGAGCCCUGAAGAAGAAGAUCCGUAGGUUCCAACCUGCCGCUUUGAAGGUCAUGACCCUGGUGUAGCCGAGUUCUCUCAGGCAGCAUGAGAGCCAUAGCUAAACAAACGGCAACAAAAAGGAAAACCUGAGAACUGUGGGAAAUGCUGUCAAUACUUUAUAGAGAUGUUGCACCUGCUCUUUUAGUAAAAUCAGAUUUUAAUCUCCAGUUGUACACAAACAAACCCUUGUAAUAUGGGUCUCCAUGAUCAAGCAGUUGACAAAUAUGACAAAUUUGUAUUUGAACAGAACUGAUAUUUUGCUCUAACUGCUCUUUUUGUUAUAGAAGGAAGAUUAAGGAUAUGGAAUAGUUUAAAACAGGACUCAAGACAUUGGUACUCAAUUGUAUUAAUCUGUAAAUAUCUCUUGUAACUGAAGAUGAUUUGCAGCUGUAAACUGUGAGGUUUAAUUAAUUAUCUGAAAACUUCGAGGGUGAAAUUGUUCUUCAAUUUGUAUGUAUGUGUAGAAAUAUAAUCUUUUUUUUAAAUAUCAAAUGUAAUCAUCUUUUUUUUUUAAACAAAUGUUUUUCUUUUUCUUCAUUUUGCAAGUGCGCAUUGUCUUUAACUAUGCAUAUCUUUCAAAAUAAAAUGCUAUUUAAUGUA